AUGAAGGUUGAAUCUAAUGUAUUUGAACAUGAAAAGAAGAAGAAGAAGAAGAAGGAUUCAUUUUAUGAAGCAGUUAUUAUAUGUGCUAGGUAUGGGGAUCAAGGCAAUGAAAGGCAAAAACUGGCCUUGGCAUGGGAGCAAGAAAUUAGGAGUUGUAUAGAGGAUGAUAAAAGAAAAUUAACUGGUCUUCAAUUUAUUUUUCCAGGAGUUACUUUAUUCUACAUAGAGGGUUUGGAGGAUGAUUUGAAUGAAUGUAUUCGUCUGCUUAACACCCUGGCUAACAAACAAAUGUACGGACUUAAUAAAAUCAAAAUUGUACAUUUUCUCCACAAUUUGAGAGCGGUAAGCCUAUUUUUCUAUUUCAAAAUGUUCAUACACAGCUAAGUUUGUCUAAUCCCUUAAAUUUCCAUCGAAGGUGCUACUCAAUGGAUCUAUAAGGCUUAAAAAUGUCGUUUUUAACAUCCAUGUUAAAAU